AUGCUUGAAAGUACCUCUAAAACAUUCAACGGACCAGAUGGCCCCAUGAGGAUAGCCUUCAGCGAGGCAACGGUUGAACAGCGAGUCCAGUGCGCAAAGCUGGCCGCAGCGCCCUUUGGAAGCCCUCUCUCUGAGGCAGAAUACCUAGAACGAGACGAAUUCUUAGGCCAGCAGCUACUCGCUCACAAUAACGGGUGGCGGUGCUGGUGUCUCUUCCGGGUGGACAGCCCUAAUCAAAUUUUCGCAACUUGCAAAACAUUACGGAGGGAUUUUGUCGUCCGCGAUGCCAAUGGAGCACGAAAACAGCCGGGGUUUUGUUUAUCAAGUGUCGUCACUGAUUCCAGAUACAGACGACAAGGUCUCGCGUCUCUACUGUUAACACGAUUGGCCGAAUGGUUGGAUGGGCCAGGCAAUGCCACCGAUAUGUCAAGUCUUUGUGAGCGUGACGUGGCGAAUACCAUGGCUAAAUUUGAGAAGCUCGAAGUUGGCUCAAAUGAGACCCAUAUAGCCGUGGUCCCUACAGAAGAAAUAAUAAGUUGGCUCCAUGGUCGAGCUGCUUUCACUUGCGCGAAGAUCUACGGCCAGGCUCCACAGAGCCAUGGAAGACUUUGCGAAAGCGCAGAUGUGUGGCUUUAUUGGUUCCACGACUUUAGGAAACGGCAGCUAGCAGUACAAAGAGUAGGGGGCAAUAUAGAGAAGAGUGGGUUACAGAAAAGGGCUGCUGCCAAACUUCUCCUUGACGCUUUGGAAGAAGCCUCUAGGUUUAAUCUACCUAAGGUUGUUGUCUGGGAUCCUAGCCAUGGACUUGAAUCUGCGAUGGAUAUCCUGGAACAGGGAUUUAGCGUCGAGGUGAAAACUGAAGAGCGAAUUGGUAGAAGUAUUCCUUCAGUGCGGUGGAAGUGCUCCAAUGAGCCAGAAGAUACUGUGCUUCAACUGAAUGAGUUUUAUGCCUGGAGUUGA